ACACCAGUUGCCAUAAUACAUCCCUCAAUGCCCCCGUGACCUCCCAUUCCUCCUUAUCAUCACCACCCUUCUUUUCUCAUCUCGACGCUGUUGUCUCGUCGCCCCCUUCUGACUCUCCUGUCAACAUGGACCAGCAACCUACCGUUCGACGCUGGUAUUCCGUCCCCAAUUUCCUGCACAUUCGCUGCAAUUUUCGCUCGCCAGUGCUCUACAGGAACUUCAGAAAAUGCCAUCGACGCUUCUCCGCCGCCCGCCCCGUGGGGGUCUCGGUCACCACUGCCGUCAUUCCAAUGGCACUCGUGCGACGAUAACAUCUUGAUAGGAGAGUGCACGGCAACGUCCUUCAAAUACUAGCUGACUUGUACUGCAACUUGGCUAUCAGCGUAUUCGUCCUUCCUAUCGAGCAGCGUUCCACAACCAGUACAACUUC